AUGAAUUCUCGCCAAUUAUUACACCUUCGCCUUCGCGCGCCUACUACAAGGCUCCCAAGCCCCUCGAAAUUCCUUAUUCGAAAUUCCUCUACUGCCACACCUCACGAGCCCUCCGGGAAAUCAUCGCCAUGGAUACGGCGGUUGGUCUACGCGGGCAUCUUUGGAUCAUUGGGCGUAGCGGCUGGCUCAAGGGUGGAUCGUAUGGUAUCUGCGCCUCCAUUACAAGGGUCCCAGGAAGAUAAAAAGGCAUUGGAGGAGAUUCAACGCGUCUACGAGCUCGGUCUCCCUAUUGUGCAAGAACUCCGCCAGAACCCUGAUUAUGUGGAAGCCGGUGUCUAUCAGGACUUCUCGGAGGAAAGUAAACGCCACAGAUUGACCUCGGGUCCUUUGGCUGGGAGUAGGGGUAUUGCAUUGCAGAGAGUUUUUUCAAAUGAUGCUGAGAAGAAGAUGGUUAGUGUCGUUUACUUCGGCUCUGCACUGGAGGGAUGGCCAACCAUGGUCCAUGGUGGUGCUUUGGGAACUAUUAUCGAUGAAAACAUGGGACGAGCAGCUCUCAGACACUUCCCAGCGCGUACUGGAGUGACCGCGAACCUCAACGUCAACUACCGAGCCCCAGUUUACUCGGGCAACUUUUACACCUUCCAUACACAGUUGGAUCCAGAACGGAGCACUGACGUCAAGGGUCAUGUCUCUUGUCAAAUCCGUGACCAGGCCGGACAACUUUGUGUCGAGGCUUCGGGCCUUUUCGUGGUUCCAAAGAAGUUUCAACUUGCCAGGAUGGGCGACAAGUUCUAA